GCUCGUAGGCCAGGACGGCGUCAAGCGCUUCAUGAAGCGCAGCCUCUCCGACGUCGAAUGGGCCAUGCGAGAUGGCGGACGAAUUAUUCCCCCCACUUACGACGUUGCUGUCCAUGUUCGCAACGAAGCAGCUGCGAUUGCAUACGUUCGGGCGCACACUGACAUCCCCGUCCCCAACGUCGUUUGCUCCUUCGACGAUGGGGGGCGCACGUACCUCAUCGAGGACGAAGUUCCGGGGGUCAGCAUGGCAGACUUGCCGGACGACGCGAAGGCGGUCGUCAUGAAGGAGGUGGAGGCCCACAUCCGAACGCUGCAGAGCGUCAAGAGAACCGCCAUGGGCGGAUUUUGCGGCGUCGCUUGUCUCCCCUACCGCCUUGCCUGCGUCUUGCCCAAGUACGAGAAGGUCGCGUUCAGGCCCGACGUGCCGUACGAGCUCGUCCUUUGCCACAACGACAUGUCGCAGCACAAUAUCAUCGUCGACCCAGAGACGCUCAAGAUCAACGCCAUUAUCGACUGGGAGUUCGCGGGCUUCUACCCGAAGGAGUUCGAGGGUGCCUUUUACAAACGCCCUGGCGCUUCUGUGGCUUUUUUUAACCCAUGAGGACGUCCAUAAUGUCCUCCUUCACCAGCCGUCUUCGGUCCAUGUUCCACUUCCUGAGGUAUUCCCUGGCGC